AUGGCAGAACAGUUAGAGACAUCCUUUGCAGAGAAGUAUGGACAUCCUCGAGUUGAAGGUCAUAGAGUCCUCGAAAAUUGGCUUCCGUCGAAGAAAAGUGGCCUGACACCAGCCUCACCAAGUGUAGUCGAUUGGAAGAUAUUGGCAUCGGCAGAGGCACUUUCAAAGCUUGAAGAUUACCAAAGGACAAGAUUUUAUGGCAAGUGA